AGUUCCGGGAGGCAUUCCUAGCCUGGAAAAGCGGGGCUGGGAUCUCUGUACAAACAACACGCCGGAGAGUGAUCAGCCAUGUCAUAAGACAACACUGAAAUCAGACUGAAUCUGUCAUCGGUUCAUAAAUUCAUUCGAUCUUGUCAUUUUCCAGGACUGACCGACACGCCUAUCGACGAAGCCGUGCAUGAACUGGAUAGCACUGACGUUAGCCAGUUAGCUAGCUUACCGAAUAGCUCAUUCAAGACAAAGCUCCAACAGGACAGAUAGUAUGCUGAGUAAAGCGGCCACUAUGGAAAUCCCUAUCAACCGCAACGGAGACACGGGGACGCUGCCGGAGGAUGACAGCCUUGAACAAGUUGCUAAGCUACAGUGGAGCUUAGAUGAGAAGGACCUCCAGCAGGUGAUGGUGUCUGGACCCAAUCUGAAUGAGACCAGUAUUGUAUCCGGAGGUUACGGGGGUACAGCUGAGGGAAUCAUUCCUACCAGCUCCAUUAAAGGCCCUGCUGUGCACUACAACGCUCAGUUUAACAGACGCAUCCCAGUCACAGGACAAGGUUCCAGUAUGCAGGACAGUAGAAGCAGCAGUUCCAUGACUGCAGAGGAGGCCUCCAGAGGAGUGGCUGUAGAGAAACUGGACUUCAUGAAGCAAUGGGGCCUCAACACCUACAAGUGCACUAAACAGAUGAUCGCAGAGCGGUUUGGUCGUGGUUCUAGGACUGUGGAUCUAGAACUGGAGGCUCAGAUAGAAGUCCUCCGGGACACCAAGAGGAAGUAUGAGAAUGUGCUGCGAUUGGCCAGAGCCCUGACCAAUCACUUGUACAGCAUGGUGCAGACGCAACACGCCCUCGGGGACACCUUCACCGACCUCAGCCUGAAAUCACCUGAACUACGGGAUGAGUUUGGGUACAACGCAGAGACCCAGAAGUUAUUAUGUAAGAAUGGAGAGACACUGCUGGGAGCCAUCAACUUCUUUGUGUCCAGCAUCAAUACACUGGUUAACAAAACCAUGGAGGACACGCUGAUGACCAUCAAGAUGUACGAGGCUGCUAGGUUGGAGUUUGAUGCGUACAGGGCAGACCUAGAGGAAUUAAGCGUUGGCCCCAGGGAUGUGGUGAACAUGGCCCGUAUAGAUACAGCCCAGGAGCAGUACCAGAUCCACAAGGACAAAUAUGAACGUCUUCGCUCUGACGUCACUAUCAAACUCAACUUCCUGGAUGAAAACAAGGUAAAGGUGAUGCAUAAACAGCUGCUCCUGUUCCAUAAUGCCAUCUCAGCCUACUUCGCUGGUAACCAGCAGCAGUUGGAGCAGACCCUGAAGCAGUUCAACAUCAAGCUGAGGCCCCCAGGGGCCGACAAACCCUCCUGGCUUGAGGAACCAUGAGGGAGGGAGCCACAGGAGACAGGGCAGCCCAGGAGAGGCCCUCCUAACCUGGGAAACAGCGGACCCCCCAAAACCCCUUACUAUCCACUACAGUGGACCACGGACGGACAGAUGGACAGGACUACGUAGAGAUGGAUGGAUGGAUGAAUGGGCCAAGGGCCUUGUAUCUAUAGAGGACUGUGUCAUGAUCAGGGACUUGUCUUAUUUUCCUCUCUUUCAUGAUCUGUCUUUUUCUCUCUUCUGUAUAAUAUAUUAUCUCCUGUCCUCUAUGUAAGUAAUAAUGCCUGAGAAGCCGGUGUUUGGGUGAUAUAUUGGCACGGGUGUUGUUAGGCCCCGAGACAAAGUCUUUUAUAUCCUCAAACACCGGCUUCUCUGGCAUUAUCACUUUUACACAACGGGUUA